AGGGUGACUACAUUUCAAACUCUGAUGAUGCUGGGGAUUGAGAAAACAAAUCCAGCCAUUGCAUCUGCCAUGCCUAAUAUUGCCCCAGGCAUAAUAUUUAUUAUUUCAGCUUCACUCAGGUUUGAGAAAGUUGAUAUAGGUUGCCAAUAUAGUAGGGCCAAGAUCAUGGGGACUGUACUCUGUUUAAGUGGGGCUGUAGUCAUGAGCUACCUACAAAGUCCAAAGGACUCAGUUAAGGAUCAAACUCAAGUAUCACUUGCGAAUAUUGAGCCCUUGAAAGAUGAAGCCAACAAUGACUGGAUCAUUGGUUGUUUCUAUCUUCUUGCAGCAGUUCUUGUGGUUUCGUGCAGCACUGUGUUGCAGGCUGUUACAAUGGUUCAUUUUCCAGCACCUUUAUCCUUAUGUUCUGUUACCUCACUGUUGGGUACAAUUUUUACUGUAUUCCUACAAAUUGUCACAGAAGGAAAGGUGAAUCCUGGUUCCACUACGAUCAACCUGCAAAGCAUAAUUACCAUCAUGAUAUUGGGUGGAAUGGUGAUCGCUCUGUGUGUUUCAUUCCAAACAUGGGCAGUUAAGAAGAAGGGGCCUGUUCUUGUAUCUAUGUUUAGUCCUGUACAAACUGUUUUCUCAACAAUUCUUUCUGCCAUGUUCUUGAGCCAAGAUAUCAAGACAGGAAGCAGGAAUGUUGCGUCAUGUUUUCUGGGCUUUACAUGGUUUUAUGGGCUAAGAAGAAGGAAGGACUUGUCAUCCCUAAUCUUGAUGAUGACUUGGCACAAACAAGUGAUGACGUUGAGAAACCUCUCCUAAACUCUUCCAAGAGUUCGUCACAAGUGUAAUUUCGUGUACAAGAAAUAGUUAUUAGUGAAAGUAAUUGUCAAAGUUAUAUUUAUGCCUCUUUCCAUUUCCUUAUAUGUGGUCGUGUUUUG